GUUCGGGUCGUUUGCCUCUAUAUUUUUCCAGGAGCAGCCGGACGUUGGUUGAAAUGCUACUGUAUAUUUACCCUUCAGAAGUUUAUUAUAUAUAAAUAUGUUUUGAUGAAGAGCCAAAACCAUCAUGAAGGCGCACGAAGGACAUGUCGUACUACUACGCGGCCCACGCAAUCGAGUAGUAAGAGGACGACCUACGGGUGGAAAAAUGGCAAGGCACUCUAUUCCCGUUCGCCUUGUCACCUUGUUUUCCUUCUUUUCUUUGUACCUCCAGAACGUUCGCGCUCUGAAGUUGUGGAGCUGGAUCACCGACGGGUGGCUGCCCCGAGUAGUGUGAGCAAAAACGUCCCCACCCCAUAGUUGUCAUGCUAAUCUACACGCUUAAAAUCUGUCUCAUGCGGAGCCCCACGAGAAGCAUUUUCUAGCCGCUUUUUGGACUUUGUGAUGCUCGAAUCAGCAUGAGCUGCUAGACCUGUGAUGCUGCUCCGCUGGCUAAACAGGACUGCGCUACGUGGCCAAACUUGUCAUGCCCAACAGCCAAAGCUUGUUGAUUUGUCUAGCAGAUUUGCCAUCUUGACUACGGGGUGGGGACGUUUUUGCAUAGGAUACCGAGCGGAAUUUGUUCUAACGCGAGACUUGUUCGACCCGGUGCGAGACCGCGUGGCCCUCUACCCUCGCGCGUCGCGGGACCUGCAGCUGCGAAACGCAUUGACUGCGGGGGUGGCAGCUGCUGCGCAGGAUGACCUUGUUCACGUGCAGCCCCUGGGACGGGCGACCUCCGAGGAGGCACCGAGUCCGACGGGAACUGCGAUCAAUUAUGCGGGAACUUCUUCACAAGAAGUACUAGCACCAACUGGUGGAGCAGCUGCUGCUAGAAGGGCUGCUGCUGCUACUGCUGCUCAAGAGGCGGGUGCUGCUAGUGGAGGUGGUCGUCGUACUGCAGGAGAACACCGAACAAGCGAAACAACUGAGGGGCGCAGCAGUGACGAGAAUUCUGGAAGUAUUAACACGAAUCAUGCAGAAGCCAGUGCGCCGUCGAUGGCCGCCAGCGGGAUGAUAGUACAACAGGAACAACUACAAGCACAGCCACAGCACGAGUCCGACAAUAACGAUAACCGCAAUGACAAGUCGCUCAUUCCGCACUGGUUUGAUUUCCUGCGUUGCCUCCCCGUGUUCGGGCCCAUUUUUCACUCGGGCAUGAAUCCCGACGACUUUUCGGAUUUCGUGGUGGAUCCGAGCUGGGACGUAGCCAGGAAAAAACACUCAUCCCCAUCCAUUUUUUGCAUGACAAACACUGCAACGUAUGCACGUUUUGCAUGACAAAUUGGAUGGGGCUGGGUGUUUUUUCCUGGAUAGAAUGUGCAACACGGGCAUUAUUCCAGGUGGUUUCCCUGCUUUAACACGGUAGAGGACCCGGACGAGGGAUCCGGGCCCCUGUGCACCGAGCUGACCAACCUGCGCGAGCUUCAGAAAAACUGUCUCUGUUGCUCCGCGACGCUGCUCACCUGCGGUACGGGCGGCAUGCUCGGCACCUUCCCCGACCCGCGCAUGAUCGGCGUAAUUUGGGCGGCCCACGUGGGCGGCUGCGCGGCCUGUCACCUCAUGGUGAUCAGUGCGCAGAAGCUGCACGAAAAGUUUCAGCCCGCCGAAGAGAACGACGACGCGGAAACCCGGCCUUGCUGUCUCGGAGUCUGCCGCCUGCGGCAGCGCCGCCGGCAGCAGGUUCUUGCUGGGGAAGAGGGAGCAGAGGGAGAUCUAGAGGCGGAUCAGGCCGUUGCUGAGCGUGGUGGCCUUGGACGAGUACAGCUGCAUGCGUGCCGCCGCUGCAGUUCCUUCCUCCGUUCCCACCUGCCGCAAGUCGCCGGUCUGAGUAAGGAAUUCAAGCGCCUUCCCCGAAGUAGAGCAGAGCUUAUCAACCGGCGGUUGCCCGAGGGCAUCUACCUGCCGGAGGCCGACGACAGCACAUUCACCUCACCCCGUCAAGCAGGCGCGCCGGGCACAAGACCUCUCGUUGCUGGGUUGUGGUGCCUGCAGCUCAGCCCUGCUGACGCCCGCGGUGUGUUCCGCGGCACGGAGGGGGGCGAGGCAGAUCCCAAUGUUCCGUGCCCUGUUUGUGCGGAGAUGAUGGAGCUCCACGGACGAAGAUCUCAUGAACAGCAAUACCGGCCCGGUAAAAAUGUUGCUGGGGCUUCAUCAUCUGCGGUGGACACGAGGAGCCGUGGCGGGGAAGGCUCCUCUAGUACUGCAGGUUCAACAUCCACUUCUUCAUUUCCUUCCCGUUCCAGUAUCGGAAUUUUGCAGUGCCCGGGUGAACACGCGAUCUGCCGCGGCUGCGCGGAGAAUCUCUCCGUCCGCCACAUGUGGGAAUGCCCCACCUGCCGUGGCUUUGUGGGGGCGCGAACGACGGUGUGUAGCUCUUUCUCUCGCAGCUGUUCAGUUGACGAAAGACAAGAGCAGCUUCGUGCAAGAGCUGGUCGUGCCGCUGGUGCUGCCUUCAGCGGCCCGCUCGAGAGGGUGGACGCUGCCGACCCAAGCGAGACGACAGAAGCAGCAGGAAGUGCUGGAGGUACUAGUGCCACGUCGGUGGCGAAUGGACGACGCCCAUCUUCGAGGGCCUCGAGGCACUUUGUAGGUUGGGUGCUAGCCGCAGCGCCGGCAGCGGACUCAGCUGCGGCAUCGCAGGAGGCGGAUCUGUUUUCUCCUCCUUCAUAUUGUUCCGGGGCAGCAGGAGCUUUUCAACACGUUCUCGGAGAAGCGAAGCCGGUGCAACAAACCAUGACUUUAUGAAAGAAAAACAGUCUGUUUCUUUUGACUUCUCCAUCAAAAGUCUGUUCAAACGAAAACUGAAGCGAUUUAUAUAUGAUCCCGCGCAUGAUUCCCAGAUGGUGGUGCAGUUGAUCGAUGCACUUUGCGUAGUUUCAAGCCCAUCGCCAUAUGUAAAUAGUAUAACAAUCGGGUAAAUAGUAGCUGGAGAAAAGUACUGACUAUCUCCUUUUUGUAUCUGAUCUGCAAUGUUGAUUUCUCUGUGUGAUUCCAAUUUGAUUUUCGAUUUUC